CAGCGAGAGGACGCGCUUCCCGGACUUGUGCUGCUCGUCGUUCUCCGCAGCGAGCUCGCUUUCGACAUGGCUCCUCUACACCGUACCACGAUGUUGUUGUGGUCUAUUAUCGCGUCCAUACUUGUCCUAACCACCGUGAAUGCCCAAGAGCCCGAGCACACUGUAUCUUACUUCCAUAACUUGCCCGCUCGCUUGUUCUUCUUUGACGAUCAGCCAUCCUUAAUAUAUCACGACGUUGUAGAACAAAAUAUCUACGUAUCAAAUGACGAGGGAAGAUCAUGGACUCGAGCAGACGAUAUUCCAGAGCACAAGGCUGCUAUGGUCAUAGAGCACCCGUUCGAUAACAACUACGCUUUUGUGUUGACCAAAGGAAAAGUUCAUUAUCGCACACAAGACCGAGGCAAGACAUGGAAGGCGUUUGAUAUGCCUAUCGGACCUGCUCUUGUCGGUCGACCACUUUCCUUCCAUUCCGAUCCAAAGAAAUAUGGCUAUAUUCUGUAUCAAGGUACGGCGUGUGAAAGGGUUGGACCUUGGGGUGCCGUAUGUCAUGACGAAACAUAUUACACGAAAGAUGCGUUCGGAAGUGCCCCACAGAAGCUAUUAUCAGAGACCUCUCGCUGCCAAUUCGCGCAUAGUAGCAAGGAUUUCAAGCAUGAUGCGCACGAAGACUUGGUGUACUGCGUCGCAUUCGAUACCACCGCCAAUGAUGGCGUUCAUUCCCUUUCCUCCAGCCGACUCUUUUCCUCCACAGACUUUUUCCAGAGUGACAGCCGCGUCGAGGAGCUUGGCAUUGGUAAGAACGCUCGCGGUGUUGUCGCAUUCGCGAUCGUAUCCAAGUUCGCAGUCGUGGCUAUGAGAGAUUUGGCGCCAGGCAACAACGGAGAAAUGCUCCUAUACGUCUCUGUAGACACCAAGACAUGGGCACAGGCACAGUUCCCUCAUGCGACGUCAGCAAAGCUUCGCGAGAAUGCAUACACUAUCGUUGAGUCAACUACCCAUUCCCUUGCAGUUGAUGUGAUGCUUCAAGACCAGAGCACAAUCGGCACCCUAUUCGUCAGCAACUCCAACGGAACCUACUUUGUAGAGAGUUUGAGAAACACGAAUCGAAACGAACUAGGCUAUGUCGACUAUGAGAACUUAUACGGAGUUGAGGGCGUUGGUCUUGCCAACAUCGUCUCAAAUGCUGAGGAGGUAGAGGCCCACCGUGCUUCGAAACAACUUAAAUCUAGGAUUACAUUUGAUGACGGUCGUACGUGGUCUCGCCUUCGACCACCCGCGGAAGAUAGUGAAGGUCGUCGAAUCUCCUGCAACCCAUCUGACGACGAAUGUUCGCUUCAUCUCCAUUCCGUCACUCUUCCCCAUAACUUUGGGCGAGUCUUCUCGUCUCCUGCACCCGGUUUCGUUAUGGGAGUAGGCUCGAUCGGCGAAUAUCUCCAACCUUAUGAAGAGUGCGACACGUUCUUAAGUACAGACAAUGGUGUUACAUGGAAGAUGAUAAGAAUGGACGCACACAAAUAUGAGUUUGGUGAUUCGGGAAGUAUCUUCGUAGUCGUAAACGACGAGGAAAGCACCGAUGAGGUCCAUUAUUCGACAAACCUCGGCAAAUCCUGGAAGAAAUACAAACUUGGCCUGAAAGUCCGUGCCCGAGUCCUGACCACCGUCCCGGAUUCUACUUCGCAGAAGUUCGUACUUCUUGGUCAGAUCAGCAAGAAAGAUGCAAAAGGAAACGACGGUCGAUGUGUUGUCAUUCAUCUUGACUUUGCCAAAACACGUCAACGUCAGUGUACAGAGGACGACAUGGAACGAUGGUACGCACGAUCGGCAACAAAUGAGGAGUGUCUCAUGGGUCACAAGCAAUGGUACAAACGACGAAAGGCAGACGCUGAUUGCUAUGUUGGUGAUAAAUUCACGGACCCCGUGGAGCAUGAAGACAAUUGUCCCUGCACGGAUGAAGAUUAUGAAUGCGAUUACAACUUCGUGCGGCAGAGCGACAAAUGUAUUCCUGCGGGUCCCGAACCUAUCCCCGCUGGCAUUUGUGGCGAUCCUACCAAGACAUAUAUGGGAUCCUCUGGGUUCCGGCGCAUUCCUGGGAAUACUUGCGAUAGAGAGAAAGGUUUGAAGAAGGAUGAACCAAAAGAAAAGCCCUGUUCAGCUGCUCAACCUGCGGAAGGCGAGAUCGUACACCAAACGUUUGACUUCCAUGCGCCGGUCGCGCAAUAUUCGUACUUCAGGAAUUCGAGAACCAUUCUCGUUCGACUCCGUGACCACACUAUCUGGCAAUCAAGCAACGAGGGGUACACAUGGGAGCAACAGCACCCGGAGGAACGUUUCAUCUCAUUUUACAUGCACGCCUACAGCAAUGAUCGCGCAUAUCUUAUCACCAACACGGAAACUUUCUUCUAUACGACCGAUACCGGCAAAACAUGGAACAAGCUCAAGGGUCCAACAGCACCUAACCCGCUGGGUCUCGACGUGCUUCAUUUCCAUCCAAUGAAGUCCGACUACCUUAUAUGGUCCGGUGGACAGGAUUGUGCUCACUUCGGCGAAAACUGCCAUGUGGAAGCUUAUUAUACCACGAACAAUGGGCGCAACUGGAAACUCGUUGAUACCUACGUUCGCAAUUGCAACUGGGCUCGCGAUGCGGAACUGUUGGCAGACCCGAACCAAAUCAUUUGCGAGUCGUACAAGAACAAGCAAGGCAAUCAGCUGUUCUUCAAGAUGGAGAACCCUUUGCAACUCAUAGGCGGUACGGACUUCUUCAACAAGAAGACUCUUCUCUUCGAACAUGUCGUCGGUUUUGCCAAGUUCUCCGAGUUUUUGAUCGUCGCUGAGUAUCAAACUGACCGAGGAUCUUUGGAUCUCCAAGUUUCUCUUGAUGGCAGAAGAUUCGCGAGCGGUUUAUUCCCUCCAACUAUGCGACUCGAACAACAUGCUUACACUAUCCUAGAAUCGAGCACGAAAGCUGUCUUCCUUCACGUCACAGUUUCGGAGCCUCCAAACCCCUGGUGGGGUAACAUCCUAAAGUCAAACUCAAACGGGACAUAUUUCGGCGUUUCCAGUGACUACGUCAAUCGCAAUGAGAACGGGUUCGUUGACUUUGAGAAGAUGAUUGGCCUGGAUGGAAUUGCUCUCAUAAAUGUGGUGUCCAACCCACAUGAAGCCCCUCUCACUGGUCGUAAGGAACUCCAGACAAGGAUUACUCAUAACGAUGGUGGUACUUGGAAACCUCUAGUCCCUCCAAAACUGGAUUCGCAAGGAAACAAGUAUGCUUGCGAUCGAACAAGCUGCACUCUCCAAAUUCACGGUUACACAGAACGUUACGACGCGCGGGCUACGUAUAGCACACCUAGCGUCCCUGGACUUCUUAUGGCGGUAGGAAACGUCGGCGAACAUCUUGCUGAGUAUACUGAAAGUGAUACAUUCCUGAGUCGGGAUGCUGGUUUCACUUGGGAGGAAGUACACAAAGACGCGCACCUCUGGGAGUUUGGGGACUCGGGCUCAAUUCUCGUUAUGGCGAAUGACGAGGAAGCUACCGAUCACGUACUGUUCAGCACUGACGAGGGCGCUAGUUGGCGAGAAUACCGAUUCAGCAACGACAAGAUUCGCGUCAAGGCCAUCGUCACCGUUCCCUCAGAUACGAGCCGUCGAUUCAUUCUUAUGGGCUACUACCCUCGAAGUCCGGAUGCCGCUGUAGCAGUACAUCUAGACUUCUCUGCAUUAACUAGCAGACAAUGUGUAUUGACCGUCACCAACGGCCCUCAAGAUGACUUCGAGCUAUGGAGCCCUAGCGAAGAGCGUACGGAACGCUGUUUGUUCGGACGUCGGACAUAUUACCAUCGCCGCAAGAGAGAUGCUAACUGUGUAGUUGGCGAACAAGAGAAACAACAAGACAAAAUUGUCGAGACUUGUGCUUGCGAUUGGGUCGACUUCGAAUGUGAAUUCAAUCAUCGAAGAGAUGCCGAAGGCAACUGUGCACUGAUACCGGGGACAGAGCCGUUGUCUCCAGACGAUUCGUGUCAUGGCGAUGACGAGUAUUGGUAUGAACGGACGGCGUAUCGGAAAAUCCCUUACUCGACGUGCGAAGGUGGCAUUCGCCCCGAUCGUGGAACAGCACAUAGAUGCCCAGGUUUGAAAGGCCACGGCGCGCUGUUUUGGCUUUUCGUCCUUGUUAUUCCUUUCCUCUUUGCCGCCCUUAUUGGAUACUAUUACUACCGCAAGAGUGGCUUGGCGAGAGGGACGAUCCGUCUUCCAGGUGGCGACACCGGUCCUUUGUAUGCUCGAGACUCUGGAGCUCUGGCGACUUUGGCUUCUGUUCCAUGGUUCCUCCUUGGUGUGGCUGGUAUCGCAUGGGAAUGGGUAUCAUCUCGCUUUGAGCUUCUCGCAACGGGUUUCCGUUCACGAAGGGGGUAUCGAAAUGUGCCUGUCGACGAAGAUGCGCACAUCUUAAGAUUCGAGGACGAAGAUUGAGAGCUAAAAGUCGUAUAUCGAGAUAUAGAGACCAUACCAGCACUAUUAUUGCCACUACUAUAGGAUUGUCCUUGCUUUGUAUCGUUAUUUAUGCAACUGUUUUCAUUACGCUUUCCCGGAGGAUAUCAAUAUAUACUCAGUACACGUCUUGGCGGACGUUUCCUAACUCUCAU